UAGUGACGACCGACUGCGUUGGACGCGUCUUCAACAACACCAUCUCUGUAGCUUGUUAGCCAACAUGAAAUACAAACAUUGAAGCUCUGUAGGCCAUUUUUGUGUAGCUACACGAAUCUCGCUGAUUUAAACACAGUUCAUUUAACGUAUCUACUAGUUCAAGUAAACGUGAUUAGAUUGCUACAUUUGCACAUGUGUUUACCGAGCCUAGCAUUAGGCUAGUCGCUAAUGCUAACUAGCUAACAUCACUGACAAUGAGCUCACUAAGAUACUCUCCUCCUGCUAAUGAAGAGGAGAUCUGCUGGACGGAGAAAGCAGCUCUGGGGAUGAACAUUGUCAUUAAAGAAGAAGAAGAGGAGGAUAUUACAGUGAUAGGAACGGAAGAAGCUUGUCGAAUUAAAACAGAUGAAGAGGGGGGAUAGAGGCAGUCACAGUGAAAGAGGAGGUAGAAGCUUUCAGAAUGAAAAAGGAGAUGGCUUCCUCUAUCACAUUGAAAGAAGAGCCUUUUGGAGUGAAGGAGGAGUCAAUAACAUUGAAAGAAGAGAAACCUUUUGGGGUGAAAGAGGAGGAGGAGGAGACAGAAGAUCCGGUUAACACUGAUCUAAAAACGAGGCAAUAUGCAGUUUCCUGGCCCUCCCAGGGCUCUUCAGUGAAGGAGGACAUCAGAAAGAUACAGGAAGAAUCUAAUGUGACACCCGCGAGUCCCAGACAGUUUGGUGGUGAUGACGAUUCUAUUCACUGCGACAAAGAAUGCGACGUGAAAGACAAGGAUUGGUUUCCUAGCAACAGGCUGAAGGCGGAGUCGGCUCCAGAGAGCCACACCCCAGAGCAGAGGGGGAGUGGUGACAUGUCUUUCCCUCUCCCAGAGUCCACAGGUCGUGCCUCUCCCAAUGUUGCCUUACUGUGGGGUCUGAAGAGGGUGUGUGUGCGGCUGGUCGACUGCAGGAAAACACCGGGUCUGCGUGGAACUGUGAGAGGAGAAGAAGAGGGAGAUUCAGAUUCAAGUGAAAGACCAGACUCAGAGGAACCAGAGCCAGAGACAUCCAAACCAGUAAGACGACACCACUGCUCCCAGUGUGGAAAGAGUUUUACCCGGUUAGGGUCCUUGAAAAGGCAUGAAGGAAUACACGCAGGAGAGGAGACUUACCACUGCUCCCAGUGUGGAAAGAGUUUUACCAGGUUAUUUAGCCUGAAAAGACAUGAGAUGAUACACACGGGAGAAAAGCCUUUCCACUGCUCCCAGUGUGGAAAGAGUUUUACCCGGUUAUGGCACCUGCAAAUGGAUGAGAGAAGGCACAGAGGAGAGAAGCCUUUCCGCUGCUCCGAUUGUGGAAAGAGUUUUACCCAAUUAGGGAGCCUGAAAGAACAUGAGAGAAUGCACACAGGAGAAAAGCCCUUCCACUGCUCACUUUGUGGAAAGCGUUUUACCCAUUUAGGAAGCCUGAAAGGACAUGAGAGCAUGCACAGAGGAGAAAAGCCCUUCCACUGCUCACAUUGUGGAAAGCGUUUUACCCGGUUGGGGCACCUGAAAGCACACGAGAGAAUUCACACAGGAGAAAAGCCCUUCCACUGUUCCCUGUGUGGGAAGAGUUUUACUCAGUUAGGGGGCCUGACAAAACAUAAGAUAUUACACAAAGGAGAGAAGCAUUUCCACUGCUCCCUGUGUGGAAAGAGUUUUAUCCAGUUAUGGGGCCUGAAAACACAUGAGUGGACACACAUAAAAGAGAAGCCUCACCCCUGUUCCCAGUGUGGAAAGAGUUUCACACAGUCAAGAUACCUGAAAAAACAUGAGAGGACACACUCCGCGGAGAAGCCUUGAAAGAAUACACAUUGCAGAGAAAUAUAUAUUGGAAAGAUAUUUACCUAGUUAGGGAACCUGAAAGACCACGAGGUAACAGACACGGGGGAAACACCUUACCACUGCUCCCAGUGUGGAAAGAGAGAUUUAACGUAACUCAUUAAUUAACUGAUGGUAACAGACACAGGGGAAACACCUUACCACUGCUCCCAGUGUGGAAAGAGAGAUUUAACAAUAAUACAUCAGUUAAUUAAUGAGUGAACACAUACAGUGCUCCAACACUUGUCUCAUAUUUUUGACUGACUGUUUAUUUGUUUAUGCCACACGAAAUCAAAUUGUACAAAGUGAACUCAAUGUUUUUUUUUUAAAACAUGAAUUGGACAUAGAGUGAGUAUAUGUAGGUCAGUUGUAAUGCUUUUUAAAUAAAUUAUCACUUUUUAGAACUCUGUCUUUGUGUAUUUUCUCUGUGUGUUAGUCAAGUGCUGUCUAUUUACAUGUGAUAUAUUUCCUCUUGUGUUUGCAUUGUGUGUGUGUGAAAAAAUAAACAAAUGUACAGACUGA